GGCUGUAUCAAAAAACUUCAUCUUCUGGUAUCUUACAACGUUGAGAAUUUGCAUGAUUUAGCAGUAAUUGCUGCUAAAUCUAGGAGGAGGCGUACACGCAACUAAAAGGAAUUUCAUGCUUGGGUUUGCAAUGUGCAGUACAGCCGCGAUUAGUCUGUAUCAUUGCAUUCAAAUGUAUUUAUUAAAACUUAGUUGAACCUAAUGUUUACUAGGAGAACAUUGACAUGAUUUAUAUUCAAAUAUAAACUUGUCGACCAUCGACAACAAAUAUUCUCAAAACAAAGAAAGGAAGGACUUAAACAACAGGAAGGAAUGUCUAUGUAGUUAUGUUUACAUGACAAUACAGAACAAACAUUUGAGAUUUCAUCGUCAGCAGUCAAAGUGUGAUCACCCUACCAUCGAAGAAGGAAUAUAAAUGUUGCUUUGUCUCUGCGUUGUUUUACUGCUUCUUGCCUCAAAUCCAGUCUCGAUGGAGAAAGGCAGCUUGAGAGUAGACGGAGAUAUCAUACUCGGUGCCUUGUUCCCAAUCCACACGGUAGGAAAAAAUGAGCGAGAAUGUGGUGAAUUCAGCGAGUUGGUGGGAUAUCAGUACAUGGAAGCCAUGUUAUAUACCCUUGAUAAGAUCAACCGACAAAAGGAUUUCUUGCCUGGAAUUAAGCUUGGUUCAAUAAUUUACGACACUUGUCGCAGUAACAUCAUCACAGCUGAUAAAACGAAGGAAUUUAUCAAGAUGACACUCGUACCAUCAAGAGUUAACGGUUCUGAGUUUGCUGGCGUGAUUGGAACUUUUGUCAGUGAAACAUCAGUGAUUGUGGCUAAUUUCCUACGAGUUUUUCAAAUUCCUCAAAUCAGCUACGGGGCAGUUACAGAUAUACUUAGCAACAAGAACCAAUAUAGUUACUUCUUUCGAACUGUCCCCCCAGAUAGCUACUUUGCUGUUGCACUCACCACGUUACUUUUAAAGAUGGAUUGGACUUAUGUCUCGUUAGUCUAUUCCUCAGGUACAUGGGCGGAGUCUGGGGCACAGGAAGUGCGGGACGCUUUAAAAAACAGUGAGAUUUGCCUUGGGCAUAGCAUAAGGGUUUCAAAGUUUCCAGUCGAAAAUGAAUUCGUAAAUAUCAUGAAGACUUUACUGACUGAUGACGUUGAGCCACCGCGAAUUGUUAUCCUUAUUACUGUGCAAAGAGAUUCUCGCGAAUUACUAAAAGCAAAAAAAAAACAUCCACGCAGCUCGAAUAUAUCUUUCGUGGGCAGUCUUGGGUGGAGUAACCGCUGGGACAUUACCGAAGGCUUGGAGGAUAUCGCUGAUGGGACGAUAUCCUUUGGACAUCGUGAAGGAACGAUUCCAGAAUUUGUGAGUUAUUUUAGAAGUCUCAGAUUUAACAACUACAGCAGAAGUCAAAGAGAAUGGAUUGGGGAAUAUUGGCAACUCACUCAUGACUGUAGACUUAGAAAUUUCACUGUCCAAGCCAAUUACACAAAGGAAUGCAGUGGAGAUGAGCCAAACACAGGAUACAGAGAUUUGGCUCCCGUACAAGUUGUUAUAAACGCUGUACAAGCAAUGGCAAAUGGUCUUAAUGCAAUGCACAAACACAAAUGCCUUGGAAAACCUGGACUCUGUGACGAAAUGAGACCCAUUGACAGAACAUUACUUUUACAAUUUCUUCGUAAUGUUACAUACAAAGAUGCAGCAUUCCACUUUCCUGUAUCGUUCAACGCACAACAGGAAGUCGAUGGAAACUACACCAUAUACAACUUCCGUUUGAAUGGCCAAUCAACGUAUGAGUAUGCUCAAGUGGGAUCAUGGGUGAGCAAGCCUGAUUCUAACGGCAAUAUUAUGGGAAACUUGUUACUUGAUGAAUCAAAAAUACGAUGGCCAAAUGGCAACUUAAGUCAACCGUUAUCGACCUGUAGACCAAAAUGUGCACGUAAUCAAAUUAUUACGUUACGAGAAGAUAACUGUUGCCAUAGAUGUUACACGUGUGGAACAAAUGACAUAGUGGUAAACAACACGUGCAAGACCUGUGCUGAGACCCAUGUCCCUGAUGUUAAUAUAUCAAUCUGCAAAAAACUUCCAUUGCAUUUCGUGAAGAUGGACUCUCCAUUUGCAGUAACUAUAACGUUUUUUUCCUCGGUUGGAAUUCUUUUUGACGCUAUUGUGUUGGGAAUAUUCUUGAAGAAAACUGACCACAAGCUAAUUAAGGCAUCAGGUCGUGAAAUGUGUUAUUUUAUGCUGGUUGGCAUAGCAUUUAUAUUUACAGUACCAAUGAUCUCGCUAUCAAAGCCAUCAAAUGUUCAAUGUUACGUUGAACGUUUUAUUAUGGGAGUAUCUUUUACUGUAUGUUAUGCACCAUUACUUAUGAAAAUGUUUCGCAUUCAUCGCAUCUUUAAACACGCCAAUCAACUGCGCCGUUUCUCUCCGAGUGGUUUGAUUGGCAGACGUUCUUUGCUUUUGAUCACGGCAGGUCUCAUAGCAAUUCAAGGAUUAUUGUGUUGGCUCCUCUUUAGCACAGACCCACCUGAAUUGAUAGAAAAGUAUUAUCAGAAGAGAAAAGAGCUUGUGCUUGAGUGCGAUUUCAAGAAGUCCACGUUUGCCAUUUAUUUCGUGUACAAUGCUGUAUUAAUAGUAUGGUGUACAUUUUAUGCUUUCAGAACUCGUCAUUUUCCCAAGAACUUUAACGAAGCUCUAUACAUAGGAAUCACGAUGUAUUUGACUUGCGUAGUAUGGGUUAUAUUUUUUGCAACUUUUCUCAACACAAACUACAGUAUUCAUCGUGUUUAUUGGUCGUCUUCGAUGAGCCUUGUUAUUGGUUGGAUCACUCUUGCUGGUUUAUUCUUUCCCAAGAUCUAUCACGUUUACACUAAAACAGAGUUUCCUCCAGAAAAUAUGCUAACCUGGGGCGAGAUGUCGUUUCCGAGACAAGAAAGUCAUGUUGAAAAUGGUCGUCGUGACAUUAACAUGAAAGUUAUAGUCAGACAGAAUGAUGAUUCUGCGAAGAUCAACGGCGUCACUGGCUUUUCUAAUCCAGGUCUUAGCUAAGUAGUUUUUUUCUGUUUUUUAUUCCAUUAAUCUACUAUAAUUAAUCCGCAUGUUAGUACAAUGAUGUAAUAGAAAGCGAAAGUUAAAAUACUAAGUGGAUAUCAAAUAUAUAAACUCAAAACUGACAAAACUAUCAAGUUAAUUCUCUUAGAAAUUUCAGCUCGUGCUUACGACGUUAAAUCGUACAUAUUUAUAAGCGAUGUCAUUGACUGUGCAUAAUAAUCUACGUAAACUGAAUGACUGUUUGUGCUGCAUCGUUACCUUGGUCGCGAGACAUGCGCGUUGCUUGCGCCUGAAUUUGCAAACCGCUUACAGUAAUAAUAAUUAAUAAAGAAGCUUUGUGGACAGCUA